GUGAGUGCUCACCCAAUUUCUUGCCUUGCCAUGCAAGUGGAAGCCGUCGCUGACCAGUUCUCAGUACGGCGGGUACAAUUCGUACAGCGACAAUGGUGGCGGCAGGGGAUACAAUCAAAACCCGUUCGGGGAUGAAAACGCCGCGGGGUACGGAGACAGCGCGCAUGAGAUGUCCUCAUUCGGUCGGCAGGGAUUCGGAGCUGGGCCGCGCCCCAUGGCGUCAUCCCCGUCAACGAACGAGCCGGCCAUUCUUCGAGAGUGUAGGGAGGUUCAAAAUGGGAUCCAGAAUGUCGAGAGGAUGCUUCGAGAGCUGCCGGCAGUGCAGAAGCGAUUUCUCGCCGAUGCGGAUACCUCGAACGACUCUGAAGCCAAGAGGAAGCUCGACUUGUUCAGGCAAGACAUCAUGGAUCAAUACAGAAAGUUGGCGGACCGUGUUCGGAAGAUCAAGUCGAUGCCGGAAAGUCGCCAGCCGAUGUAUACCCGCCAGGUUGAGCGGGUUGAGGGGCGACUUAGGGACGCCAUCCAGGAAUUCCAGAAGCUAGAGGCUGUGUUCCGCAAGGAGACGGAAGCUCGCCUGGGACGUCAACUCCGAAUAGUCCGCCCGGAAGCCACCGACGCCGAGAUCCGCGCUGCCGUUGAGGAAGGGAAUACGCAGGUUUUCCAGCAAGCCGUCCUCGGGAACCGGUCGGAACAAGCGAGUCGUGUGCUCGGCGCAGUCCAGCAACGCCACCGCGAAAUGUUGCAGAUCGAAAGGAGCAUGAUGGAGCUCUUGGAGCUGCUCAACGACAUGCAGGAGCUCUUGACGAAGCAAGAAGUGACCAUCAACGAGAUCGAUACGCACGCUGAGCAGGCUGCUGGCGACAUGGUCAAGGCGAACGAGGAACUUGAGGUUGCCGUUGCCACGGCCCGGAAAACGCGCAAGAAGAAGUGGAUCUGCUUGGGAAUCUGCGUUCUCAUUGUCGUUAUUGUCGUGGUUGUCGUGGUGGCCUAUAUUAUGGUCAACCGCGCUGCAAGCGGCAAGAAGCGGAGCCUCUUCAUCAAGCGCAACGUCGUCGACGAGCUGCAGAUGAACACCGCUCGCGCCGUCCAGAUCUCAGCAGACUCCGUGACGGCUAGCCAGCACCCCCGGUCCGCUGAUGCCGACCUGACUGCAGCUCCGCGACACUCGAGGCGGCGCUCCAACGCGGCACGAGGCGUUAGGAUGGGGCGCAACACUGAGGUCGAGCUUUCCAACACGAAACGAUUCAUCGUCGACUGGCACGGCAUCGACCCCACGGAUUCCGACAAGUGAUAUAAUCCCUGGUAUGGACGGAUGUAUUGCUGCAUUGCUUGUU